AAAGAGAGAGAAGCCAUCGGCUGCCCUUAGUUUGCGUCACUUCCUCGCACGCUUCCCUCGUUUGUUUUCCACGGCGCUGCUGAAGAGGAGACGCGUAGAGAAAUUGACCGUGAAUCAUGUCCAAACGAAAAGUGACGUUUCAAGACGGAGGAGAAGAUCUCGAUGAAACUGUUCCCAAGAAGAAGCUGUGUGAGGAGGGUCCAGGCAGCAGGUUCAAAGGCAAGCACUCCCUGGACAGCGAUGAAGAGGAUGAGGGGGACGAAGGAGGCAGCAAGAAGUACGACAUCCUGGACCACGACGACAUUGAAGGUCAGGAAUCGGCUACAGUCGAUGUGGAUGAGGGCGUCCGGAUCACGCCCUUUAAUCUGAAUGAUGAAAUGGAGGAGGGGCACUUUGACUCCGAGGGGAACUACUUCCUGAAGAAAGAGGAACAGAUUCGGGACCACUGGCUGGACAACAUAGACUGGGUCCAGAUUAAAGAGCGUCCGAACGUCCCCAGAAAUGUGGCCAAGCUGGCUGCCAAGAGAAGGGUGGAUGAUCAGGAAGAGGGGAAGGGAAAAAGAGGAGAGGAGGAGGAGGAGGAGGAGAGGAUGGAGGAAGGUGAGCAGGCGGAGGAAGAGAGAAAAGAGGCCGAGGAGGAGGACUCUGAGGAGGAGGCUCUGGGGCAGGCUGACCGCAAAGCUCUCAUCCAGGGCAUGAUCAGGCUCAUGUUGCCGGGGGAGACGGUCGUCAACGCCCUGCGGAGAUUGGGGGGGCUGAAAAAGGAGAGAACGAGGCAGUGGAGGAAGAAGAAAGGAGGAGAGGAGGAGGAAGAGGAAGGGAAGAAGAGUGAAGGAGGAGACAAGGCUCUGCUGGAGAGAUUGACGGGGCUGGCUGACCGCCUGGUUGCCUGCGGAGAGUAUGAGAUUUAUCAGCACACCUUCGAGAAACUGGCACACCAGCUGAAGAUCAUGGAGAAGGAGGGAGGCGAUGAAGAUGAUGGUGAUGAAGACGACGACGAUCUGGACGCCUUCGCCGAGAAGAUAGACGAGUCCAAGAACGGAGGGAAGGAGAAAGAGAGCGGGAGGGAGAGAAAGACAGGGAUGGACGAGGAGGUGAUGUGGGAAUACCGAUGGGAUAACAAGGAAAACUCCGAGAUGUACGGCCCUUUCACCAGCCAACAGAUGCAGGGCUGGCAAGAUGAAGGCUACUUCCAGGAUGGAGUUUACUGUAGGAGAGUGGGGCAGCCUGGAGCCCAGUUCUACAACUCCAAGAGACUGGACUUUGAGCUGUAUACAUGAGAGGAGACGCACACAAUAUACACACACACACAC